GUGGGAUCAGGCAAGGGCUUGCCUAUAUGAAAAGGGCCGUUCGCAAGUUUCCUGUCUGGUAAAGCUCGAGCCCUGCCUAGAGACGGAGGCAGCAGAGCUGGCUGACAGGCAGGCAGGCAGGGGAGGAAGAUAGGGGAACACUCCACUUGACAGGCAGACAGACGGACGGCAGGACGGAUACACGGGCGGGGGCUGUGCUAGGCGGCUCGGCGGCAGGCUGGUGGAAGAUGUCGUCCGGAGCCGGCGGGAGGGGAGGGAGGCGGCUCAGGGGGACGGCGGGCGGAGGGAACAGCGGAUACCGAGGAGGAGCCGGAGAGGCCGAAGAGGGCCCAGUGGGGAUCCCUUUCCCAGAGCACAGCGCAGACAUCCUGGGCAGUCUCAACAAGCAGCGGCUCAGUGGCCUGCUCUGCGACGUUCUCCUGGUCACACAGGACCGGGAGUUCCCAGCUCACCGCUCUGUCCUGGCAUCCUGCAGCUCCUACUUCCACAAGCUUUUCACCUCAGGGGCGGCCGCAGAUCAACGCAAUGUCUACAACAUCGACUUUGUGGCGGCAGAGGCUCUGGAAGCGCUGCUGGACUUUGUCUACACGGCCACGCUGACCGUCAGCCACACCAGUGUGGCUGAUAUCCUCGCAGCCGCACGACUUCUGGAGAUCUCACCUGUUCAGGAUGUCUGUACGCACCUGCUGGACACCAAAGUGCUCUCCCCGCCGGCGGGCAUUGAGCAAAGAGAGGGUGAUGAAGAGAGGGGAAGAGGAGGAGGAGAACAGGGAAACCAGGUGCGAGCUCGGGAGUUUUUGGAGUACUUCCAGAGAGGGGCGCACUGGAGCAGCAGCUGCAGCACACCAGAGCUCAGGGACCUGCCUACACACCUGCACUUUAAUCACGGCAAUGGGGGGACCCCCAGCAAUGGGGCGCCCGGUGGCCCUGGCGACUACUAUUCCCCCCUGGCCCUGGCUUUGGCCCAACCCCCCACACAUGAACAAGAGGAGGAGGAAGAAGAGGACGACGAGGACGAGGACGUGGAAGCGGUGCAAGGCAACGGGAUAAACCUUCCGUCAUUUUACUACCCUCCAUCCCAAAAUGGGCACUUCUACCUCACCCCUGAGGUUCGAUCAGGGCACGACGCAACAGAGGCAGAAGACGGGGCCAGGCAGCUGAUGGCAAGGGACAGAGGCUCAGCCAGUGCCCUCCUGCAGAGGAUGAUGAACUCCAUCGAGAGGCAGAAGGAGUGCGGGGCGGCCGGGGAAGAGCCGGGCGACGGCGAUGACCCUGAUAUGGAAUUUUACUACAAUUACUUCAACAGCGCGCAGCUCGAGGACACGCCCUCUGCCGCCGUGACACAAGGAGCAGCACCGCUGUGGCUAUCACGAGGCAACGCCGGCCAUGACAGGGUUGGCGGAGGGGAGAGGGGAGUGGGAGCGAGGGCCAGCGGGGGAGGUGGAGGGGAGAGGAAGAUGCGCUCUAAGGCCUUUCAGAAGUGCCCCAUAUGCUCCAAGGUCAUUCAAGGAGCAGGCAAGCUACCCCGCCACAUCCGAACACACACGGGAGAGAAACCCUAUGAGUGCGCCAUCUGCAAAGUGCGCUUUACCAGGCAGGACAAGCUCAAAGUCCACAUGCGGAAACACACGGGAGAGAAGCCUUACCUUUGUACGCAAUGCGGGGCCGCCUUCGCUCACAACUACGACCUGAAGAACCACAUGCGCGUUCACACAGGCCUGCGGCCCUACCAGUGCUCCAGCUGCUUCAAGACUUUCGUGCGCUCCGACCACCUGCACCGCCACCUCAAGAAGGACGGUUGUAACGGCAUCCCGUCUCGCCGGGGCCGAAAGCCUCGGGUGCAAGAGGCCGGGCUCCUGGAGGCCCCGAUGGGCCUGCUGAGCCCUGGCUCAGACACUAGCCUGGAGCCUCACAUCAUCAAGGGACGGCUCUCUGAAGCGUUCAAGUCGGAGGUGGAGGGUGCCCACGCACACAGCCCUCAGCUGCAGGAGGUAGCAGGGGGGGUCGGACCCUGAGACAUGAACUUCAGAAAUGACUGCUGUCACUCUGCUCCACCUGUCCACACAGAGGAGUAGAAAGCGUACAUAAAAACUAUUCCUCUAUAAACCAAAUCAGGGUGUCUCCAACAAUUUAACCUUUUCUCCUUUCACUUUGGCAAACAAAGUAGAUGUGCAAGCACUUGAGUCGGUUUAAAGCGCAAUGAAUGCUUCUAAUCGCGCUCCCAAGACGUCCACUUUCUGGGACAUUUCUUUCUUAUCAGUGAUUGGGGUUUUAUACAUUGGCAUAAUGUAUAAAGGACACUAAGACACUCUUUAGCAACUAUGCAGUUGAUUUUAAUUUUAGUUUUUUUUUAUUACUUUUGUCCUCACAGCCUUCGAGCUCUGAGCAGGCUGUCGUACGGGUGAAGCGAGGACAAAUCUUUCCCAGAGAAAACUGCUUUUUUUUCCUAAAUUCUUUUGCAGGUCUAUCGAUGUACAGUUACCAUAGAAACAACGUUGCCAUAAUAUGGCAUAUGCAAGGAAAACUCACCACACUUGUGAUGCAACAGCUUUCUCUGUCUCUCUAUUUCUCGCUUUCUCUUUCUCACUCGCUCUCCAAAUGCUCCAGAAAGAGUCAGACGAGGGUUCGAUUGAAGUGUUACUUACUCGAUAAAGAAAAUGCAUUCUAAGAAAUGAUAGUGGCGAGUCGAAUCCACGUUGGUGGGGGCUCGAGGGUUGCAGGACCAAGCGGCCGGCGGGAUGGUGUUUUUAAAAUGCUCCCACUGCUCUCACAGCCCUGCGAUUUCAGAUCACCCUGUUGAAAUUUGUCUUAAUUUUUGCUUUUUGAUCCCUUUUUUGUUUUGAGUUGACUGGGUACUUGACACUUUAUAAUUGUAUACGUGUAUAUACAGCAUGUGGCGAUAUGACAUCCCCGUUGACGCUAAGGUGUUUUUAACAUUCUGGCUUCUCCUCGCGGGCUUGAUGUCGUACUUACGGGCUUGUAUGAAUGUUUGUUGAGAGAUAACACAGAGUCACCUGUUUGUUUUUUUAUGAAAAAAACAAAUCGUUGACAGUUUCUGCCCUGAUAGGAUGAGGAGUGGGAAUGAAUGAAUGAAUGAAUGUGCUUCACUUUUUGCAGUGUGUCCUUGUGUGACAAGGCGCAGGUUUAGGUAAACGACAUGAAGCCCAAAUGAGAGAAAUGAGCGUGAAGAAGAGAAAAGAUUAGCACCUUUUUUUUCUAUGUUUGCACAGCUUUACUAAAGACACCCAACAAAAAAGAGGGAGGUGAUAUAUAUAUAUAUAUAAAGAAAGAAGUUUGGUUUGACUUCUUUUAGCCGUAGGGUCCACCUGUGCGAUGAGACCUGUCCCCAGUCUGGAGGGCAAAUAGGAGUGCAUCGGCAGCUGAUUCAUGGGGGGAGGGGGACAAAAGGAGAGGGGAUCUUGCCAUGUCUGUUGCAUUCCAAAAAAAUAAUCUCCCCCAGCUCAGCCACGUUUCCAUGCAGGAGGAGUGGGAGGGGAGAGGAGGGGAGGGGGGAUCAGAGCAGGCCUCUCCCUCUCUGUGGUCCUUUAAUGCCCUUUAGGGAUAUGAUUAUAAUAGAGUAUGGUGUUAUCGUGGGUAGGACGCUCGGAGAGGCGGCAGUUUAAUGUGCGUGCGCGCGUGUCGGCGUGCGUGUGUGUGUGUGCGCGUGGCAGCCACAGGGUCCCUCUGGCCACAUCAUCAGUGUGUGAGUCAGCCCCGGCCUGUUCAAACAUGCACCUUGAGCUGCCAGCCUCAAUGUACUUCUCUCCAAACACACUCAGCCCAAGACACCAGCAUGCACAAGUUUAAUUUCCACCUACUUCUCGACCGGGGAUAGGCUAUUGUAACACUCUAUUUUUUUUUUUUUUGUAUUGGGCAGAGAGUGGGCGCCAGAGUGUUGGCGUAGCUCCGUGAAUGAAUCGACAGCGCCUCUGCUGGUUGUAGCCAAGUCGUGCACUCCAUUUUCCCUCAACUGCAUUCCGCCCGCCUGCAGCUGUGAUAGGCUCCAGCCCCCCCACUUCUCCUGUCCUUAAUUGCACCUUCUUUGAAACGAGGCAGGUUCAGAAUGCACUUUGUUACUCCAUGCGAGGGCACUUUGUCAACAAAACGGGUACUUUUAAGUAAAAAAAAACAUAUAUAUAUAUAUAUAUAUAUAUAUAUAUACAUAUAGUUGCAAAUGAGAUCGUCACUCUGUGGUAAAUUUAAGACUCCUUUUUUUCUGAUUUGACGACAAAGCUGCCAAACAUACAAAAUCUGGACUUUGAGCGCUCUGAAAGGGGGGCUUGGUUUUGUGACCUUAUUAUACGAGAUGAAUUAAUGUAACUGAUUGCACUUGAAGUCAGCCGUUGGUGAGCUGUAUAUGUGUCUUAACGGUAGAGAGGGGGCAGAAAGUGUGUUUCGUGUUCCGUUAGACUUUGGAGGGUCUCGGGACAAGCUAAGCAAACAUCGCUGCUAAGUUGGCGGUGAUAACGGGCCCAAUCGUUGUAAAACACCUCGUCGGACAGUCGCUUGUUUACUUCACAGCUCUCUUGGCGCACGUUUGCAUGAAUCUUGGUUUACCCUCGCUUGUCAUUAUCGGCGGCUGUUCCGGGCCUCGAGAGUGUGCUUUUUAUUUAUUUUUGUUGGCGCCCAUGGUUGUCGUAUAAAGACAAGGUUGAUAAUUGCACUGUUCAGAGCAAUGUGAGCUGAUGUCUGUACCGUCUUGAGUAGUAUGGACCCUAAAUAACCUGUGAGUCAUCUAAACCUGUGCAUUUGGACCUGCAUAUUCCUUCUAUGGUCUUUGUGCUUUUAUACUGGCACUCUUUGGUCCGUAGAAUUGUAGUCAAUUCUACUCCCUAAUCAUUGAGCUCGAACCACAUCAACAAGUUGCGAACAAACUCAAUUGUCGUUGAAAAACCUUGAUCGGAAAACAAACGGUCACUCAAACUGGUCAUUAGGUGUGACCCCAAACAAACAAUACAGGUAGCAUCUAUGUGUUUAGCAUGUUGGCUGAUGGCAGCAUGUUUUAAUUUGCUCAAAAUUUCCCCUAAAAAGUGCAUUAUUGCGAGAUUGGCCAUAUACAGUGGUACCUCAACUUGAGUCUUUUGAGAUAAGAGCUGUCUUUCGGCUAAUGGUUAUGCUUCAAGUUGCACGCAUUAAUUUGAGAUACAAGCAUUCCUGUACUCAACACCCGGUUUUACCAACAUUAGCUUUUAGCUAGAGAUCGACAUGACUGUUUUACAACCAUCAGAACGAAGAAAGUGAGUGUGAAGGACGGUACUGAGAAGUGGAAGCACUGUUGAUUGCAGAUACAAGUGUUUUAAGUUAAGAGCUCUGUUAAGCUUGUAAGUUGAGGUACAACUGUACUUACUAAAAACAGUUUCCGCUAUGUUAUGUUCAUCGGUUUGGAAAGAAACCGAAACCAACUUGACUUUAGUUGAGACCAGAAAGCCAAAAGUGAAAGCACCCUGAUGUAAACCUGUCCCCUCAUUGGCCAGUCUAAGUAGUCCAAACUGGACCUCCUCUGUUUGUUUGUUGUUUGCUAUUUCUUGUGCGAAAUAGAUUAUUCACGUUGUGAAGUAUUUUUUGACUUUGCUUGAACACGUCUGUGUGAGUGAUGAGUGCAUGCGCAAAAAGGGGGUGAUGUUUUGGGGGCGGGGCUCCGGAAACCGGUGCCUGGGUGGGUGUCUGUGAUUUAAAGCUUGAUAGCACUGGAAGUGGUGCUUUUAGCUGAUCGUAGCGCAAACAUUUGCACUAAUUUUAAAUGUUUUCAUCCUGCUUUUGGAUGGUUUUUUUCAUGUCGACUCGGGUCAGCCACCUCUUCCCCCGUAGAAAUAGUUAUCAAUCAACAUGAACUAAUACCAAAGGACACAAGACAUGUUAGGGUAGCAAUCAAUGUGCGUUUUGUUUUGUAGAGGUUUCCAAGUAUCCACCAUUGGAGACGUAAGAAUGUAGCAAGGCGUCUGACGACAAACAUUCGAAAUAUUUGGGUGGCUGUGAAGGUCGCGGCGUGUACAAAGAUAUCAAACCAAGACAUGAUUUAUUUAUUUAUGUUCAGUUCAGCUGAUAAACCCAAUUUAUUCAUUCCAUCAGGCUGUGAUUGUGUUUGUGCUUACGUGCAAUUUGGAUCUGCAGCUUACUCCCAACAGGUGGGCCCAGUUUGACCAAACCUGUGCUUUUACCACACAGCACUGUUUUCUCAGGGCAUUCAACCCACCGCAACAGGACUGUUAAGUUUGUCUCUGAAGACACUUCGCCUCUUAUCCGAGCAGGUUUCCUCAAUUCAUGUUCACAGACUAAAUAAUAGAUCUGAGCAAUCGAGUGAGAGACAAACUGAACAGUCCUGUUCCAACGGAUCAUGCUCAUAGACUUGGAUUGGUCAGAUCUAUGAGCAAUCUAAGUCAUGUUCGAGUGAGAGACAAACUGAACAGUCCUGUUCCAAUGGAUCAUGCUCAUAGACUUGGAUUGGUCAGAUCCAGACUAAAAACUACAUCUCACCAGUCUAAGUCCUGCAUGGAUGAGAGGCGAAACGUCUUCCAAGACAAACGUAACGGUCCAGUUGCGAUAGAUAAUGCUUGUAGACUUAGAAUGGUCAGAUCUAGACUAAAUAUUAGAUCUGAGCAAUCUAAGUCCUGUUUGAGUGAGAAAGAAAUUGAAAACAGUCCAGCUCCAAUGGAUCGUGCUCAUUGAUUUGGAUUUAUCAGAUCUAGACUAAAUACUACAUCACACCAGUCUAAGUCCUGCUUGGAUGAGAGGCGAAACGCCUUCCAAGACAAAUGUAACAGUCCAGUUGCGAUAGUUAAUGCUCGUAGACGCAGAUUGGUCCGAUCUAGACAAAAAAACUACAUCUGACCAGUCUGAGUCCUGCUUUGAUGAGAGCCGAAAUGUCUUUCAAUAGCUAAUGCUCGUAGACUUGGAAUGGUCUGAUCUAGACUAAAUACUAGAUCUGAACAAUCUAAGUCCUGUUCGAUUGAGAGACUAACUGAACAGUCCAGUUCCAAUGGAUCAUAGUCACAGACUUGGAUUGGUCAGAUCUGGACUGAAUACUAGAUCUGAGCAAUCUAAGUCCUGUUCGGAUGAGAGGUGAAACGUCUUCGAGGACAAACUAAAUAGUCCAGUUGCAAUGGAUCAUGUUCUUAGACUAAAGAAGAGAUCUGACCAAUUUAAGUCCUGCUCGGACGAGAGGCAGAGCGUCUUCUAAGACAAUCUGAACAGUCCAGUUGUGAGGGACUGAAUGCCCUGAGAACACCAUGACCUGCGUGAAUGCCAACAGCCAUAGACCAACACCCUGUUUAGUUUUUUUCAGACCAAACUCGACGAGCUGAUCGGCUCAUUAGCGACAUUACCCAGCGGACAUCUUAAGCUUUACUUGAAUUAAUUUAUUAUUAUUGUUAUUCGUACAUUCUUUGUCGAGUUGCGUAUCCCCGCUUUAUCACGACUCCCUUUUUCUUUCCACCCCCUUGAACGAACCUUGACGUCUGUUUCUGUUCUCUUAUCAAACAUUUCUGCUGAAUAUAUCUCGAGAAGCCAUAAAAGCAGAUGACCAACAACAACGAUAAGGAUUAACCAUCCCAAAGAAAGGCGAGACAAGGUCACUGUUAUGGGGAUUUGUGGCGGCAGACGCUCGGCAAGCGCACUGGGCCAGGGGUGGAUGAUUACUAUUACUGGGGCGUUUGUGGCACUUUGUGCAGGUCCUGAGGACGGGGGUCUCAAACUCAAGUUUGGAUGAGUGAUGCUGGGCCGAAGUACUCCCUUCAGAAUCACGUGACUAAAUUUGUUAAUUUGUCGGUAGAAAUGUCAAAUUGAAUGUAAAAAUGGUAUAUUUUGAAAGGGUUCACCGAGAGGUGGUCAGUAAACAUUCCGCUUGCUUACAGCAAGUUGCUCCUUGUAUUGACCAAUGUGUGUGUGUAUGUGUUGUCAAAUAUCAGGCUGCAAUUUUAAGUAGAGGGCCACCAAAUAUGGGUCAGCGCAGUUUGAGACCCUUGCUCUAAUCAUAAUGUAGGGGGGGCGCCUCCAGGUCCUAGUUAAAGGGAGGGCACCCCUAAGACCAGACAAAGUGAGGACCAUCCUCAGUUUCUUACAAAAGUAGCCAUCCCCCAAGUCCUAAGGAUAUUUGCACUUGAUGGUUUUCCUUCCAAAGGUUCCAAUACGGGUGCGAGGAGGCUGUUUGAGGCGGUUUUCAGGGACGGGGUAGCCCACGCGCGGUUCCUUCAUGUCGCAAGUCUCCUUUUUUGCCUCAUUUGCAAGAACUUCUCAGGUGGAAAAAAUCUAUUAAAAAAAUACACUGCUAUGCAUUAGCUUGCUUUCUUUGUGAUCAUGCCUUCCUCUCAAUGACUUUCCUUGCUAGCGAUCACACACACACUUGGGUGAAGGAGCCAUGGGCACUUUGUUGAUACGUCUUACAUGAUCUGGUACAUUGCCCAUCAACCAUCGCAGGACACAUUCCAUAUCUUCAUACUGUGAUCGGCCCGUUCAUACUCCGCAGACGACCGUUGACUUCUCAGCUUCUGCGAUUAUAAACAUGAGCACUUUGUGGGAAAAAAAGGCCAUCCUCACCUGUGUAUGUUUGUGCACUUUUUUUUUUUACUUUUCUUGUCGCUUUGUCUCCUAAAUUCCCCUUUUUGAGAAAUGAAACUUGAAUAGUUGCAGGAAUGUGGUGCAAAAAAACACCCCCCCCAAAAACUGCCUCACGUCUCCGAAAGAUGGACGCCAUAUUUUGCAUAGACUAAUGGUGGUUGUUGGGAGAAAAGUAAUCUUGAUUUUCAGCUUAGACAUUUGUGACUUGAGUUAAUGGUUUAACCUGGGAGAGACUAUUUGGGGUUAUUGUGAGCGUCUUCUGAGGGGCUUAAAAGUGUCACAAUAUUUACCAACACUCAAACUGGGAUGUUAAACUAACACAUAGAGUCACAUCGGGCACCAAACUGAUGCACUUCUAGCUUUAAUCAUGUGACCAAAUUGUCUUGCUACUAUAUUGGAAUUCAAUAAUAACUGACACCGUGAAGCAAAAGUUUCUUUGCCCAAUGUGACUUUUGUGUUUUUACAAAAUUGUUAGCUCCACAAGCAGUUGUCUUUUUGGGAGAAUUUGCACUUUUUUGGUGAAAAAGAUAAAGAAAAAGUAUAUAUAUAUAUAUAUAUAUAUAU